AUGAGAUUCAAACUGACAGCAGCCGAAUUCACGCGAGUCCUUUGCGAGGAUGGUCAACCAGUGGGAAAUUCCGGAGCGGCGAAAGUUCUCGGGGUGGAUCGCAGGCGCGUCAUCACCUGGAUCGGCGAGGAGGCAACAAUGAAGAAGCUGGUGAAGGAGAAGCCUAAACUAUCGAAGGCAAAAUCGAUUCACGUUGGUAUGGCACCUACGACAGCCGAGGUCGAACAAGACCUGGAGGACUGCAUCAACGAGCAGCUCGCUGCGUCGGCGGGGGAGAUAUUGGCUUUCAGGACCAAGUUCAAGAACUGGUACCAUUGUUUCCGCGAACGGCACGGUUUCAGCAUCCGCCGGCGCACCAGCGUGGGACAAAAGCUACCGACGGGGUACGAGGGUUUGGCGUUCGCGACGUUGAUGAAGCUUCGUACGGCCCUCUUGGAACGUGCUGGUGAGAUCUACGCUCGGCGCAACCCACCUGCAUCUGGCGAGAGCCCCAUCAAAGGGAAGGACCUCACUCCCGCGCAGCUAGAGUCGGUUGCCGCGAAAGUGUUCGAAGAACUCGGCAACAUGGACCAAACGCCAGUCCAGCAGGAGAUGCCAGUGGAAACAACUCUGGAGAAGCGCGGUGUGAAGGAUGCCCGCAUCAGCACGGGAGGAAAAGAGAAAGACCGUUUCACGCCAUGUCUUGCUGUCAUGGCGGACGGUGGCAAGGUUCCCCAGCGAAUCAUUUUCAAGGGCAAGCCAUUCAUCCCGCCUAGCACGGCGGGGCGGGAAAAGAACACUCAGACCCGCAAGGGCUACAUUGCGGCCGAGGUCCUUCUUGCCAACCGCACCAAGUUCGGGUACCCUGUGUCCGGCAUGUUUUUCGUCGUGCAGGAGAAAAGCUGGUGUGACGCGCGCGAGUGCACCCUGUGGCUGUCCGAAAGCUGGAGGUUUCGGCCUAACCACGGGAGCGUCAUCAAGCAGCGGCACAGCAUCUUGGUGUUGGACGACUUCAGGUGCCACCGUAGCGAAUCCUUCGUCAAGGACCUCCGGAGGAGGACAAACACCACCGUCAUCCUCAUCCCGGGCGGGUUGACACCUCUUCUUCAGCCGCUGGAUCGCAUGCUGAACAAAGAGAUGAAGCGACUGAUGCGGGGGCGGUGCCACCGUAGCGAAUCCUUCAUCGAGGACCUCCGGAGGAGGACAAACACCACCGUCAUCCUCAUCCCGGGCGGGUUGACACCUCUUCUUCAGCCGCUGGAUCGCAUGCUGAACAAAGAGAUGAAGCGACUGAUGCGGGGGCGGUGCACACAGUACAUGGCGUCGGCGAUCGCAGACCCCAAGACGGGCAAGCUUCAACCGCCGGGGCGUGGGCUCGUGUCGACGCGGUACAAGGAGUCAUGGGCAGCUAUCACCCCCGAAACGGUCAAGAUGUGCUUCAAGGUGUGCGGCCUCACGCUUGCGCUCGACGGUAGCGAGGACGACGCGUGGGGCACCCACAACUUUGGUGAAGGCUACCGUGAGGUUCUAGUCCAGCAGCACGCCGAGUGGGAAGCACAACACCCCGGCGUGACUCUCCCGCCGCUCCAGCUACCCGAGGUGUCAUCUGCACCUGGCGCCAACCCGAUCGCGACUGCAGAGAAGGAGGUCACCGCGAAGUUGCUGCCUCCCGAGGGGGACAGUGACGAUGAAGUGGAGAUCAUAGACGGCGACAGCGAUGUAGAGCUGUUGGAUGGGCCAUGGGUUGGGGCUGCGGGAGGGGAUGAUCUGUCAACGUUUUGGCUCGCGCUCUCUUGUGUUGUACCGGUAGUGGCAGGACUGGACGGCCAAUUGAUCGGCAACAACGAGAGACAUGCACCUGUCGGCAACCCAAACGUGCCAAGCUCGGAGCUGUACCGCCUCCAAUACACCAGCGACGAGGUCCAGAGCGGCCUCCAAGCGUUCCAUUUUGUGACCACUGCCAUCGUCAGAGAAGCCGACAAGGCGAUCGUGAACAAAUGCGAGACCGCAAAAGAGAUCCUCGCGGAACUCGACAAAACCUACGAUCCGGAAUCGCAGGGCUCGAAACAAGCCCUCAUGAAGAAAAUGAUCAACUUCACGAUCCCCACGCACAGCAGCAGAAACCCCAUCGAGCACGUAAUCUCGCUCGAGCUGCUGUACUCACGCCUGCGCGAAAAAGGGCUCAAUGCUGAACAACCCUUCGUUCUCGCCCACUUCGUUGGUUCCCUCCCACCCGUUUACCAACAAGCGAAGGUCCUGUUGGAGACAGCAACGGCGCUGGAUAGGGCCGAGAUCGUCAGGAUCGUGAGCACGGUGCACGCGAGCCUCCCGGAGGGAAGGAAGGCCUCGAAGGGCCAGCGUAGGGCGGAGCAUGCUCUCCUCGCGAGUGACGGUGGCGGCGGGGGAGGAGCGCCGGGCCGCGGCAACGGCGGCCGCCGCAAGGGUGGCGGCGGUGGCGGCGGCGGCGGCGGCGGCAACCAGAAGGGGAGAGGGGGUGGCGCGAAGGCUGGUGACGGCGGUGGAGGCGGCGAUCACGAUGCGGAUGGGUUCGUUCGUUACGAAGAGUGUGAUCGACGUGUGCGCGUCGCCGCCGGAGAAACCUUGUUCCCCAUCGUGGGGUACGGCGACGUGACGGUAACACUUCGCUCGCGCGACGGCACAACCGACCUGUUGUUGAAACGGGUUGCACACGUUCCCCGACUAGGAAUUGGAGGGAGGGAGGGGGGGGAGUCGGUGUCCUUCCCCCGAUGCGGUAACCUGUACGUCCAAAACGGUUUCCGCACACACACCGAACAUGCCUAUGCCGCAAUUGCUCCUGGCAAUGCGAGAACGUCCAGCGCCAGCGUUGACAUCAACGAUGUCCACGUCGCGCACGGCCACUCCCACGAGUUGCUGCUGAGGACCAUGGCGAAGCAGCAGGGGACGAUGCUGCUGGGCGAGCUCCCGGAGUGCCUGGGGUGCUUGACGGCGAAGGGGCUUUCCAAGCCCAUUCCCAAGACGUCGACCCGAGCAGCUAAGAAACUGCAGCGAGUUUUCGUGGAUUUGAGUGGAAAAGCUAGGGUGCAGAGCUUGGGGGGAAAGUGGUACACUCUCAUUGUCAAGGAUGAUUACACAAGGUGGAACCGUGUCUAUUUCCUGAAGCACAAAUCAGACGCAGCUGAGGCAUUCGAGAGAUACCUUGCCGAAAACCGGGCAAACGGUGCCCCGUCCGAUGUCAUGGUCGUGAGAUCUGACAACGGAGGAGAGUUCUUUGAGGGAGAGUUCGGCAGGGUGUGCCGGAAGUACUGCAUCAAACAGGAGUUCACCCCCGCACACAGCCCAGAAUACAACGGUGUAGCUGAGACAGCACUGGGUCUGAUAAUGAUGCAGUACUAGCCGCCCGUAUCCAAGCGCCAACUCAUUACCCCGAAGCACCGAACUACCCCUCCCUUUGGGCCGAGGCCAUAGCUUGGGCAUGCAACGCCCUGAACUGCACCUCCACCACAUCCAACCCAGAGAAGAAGUCGCCGUACGAGAUGUGGCACGGGCACCCUCCCCCGCCGGGGGCGACGUACCCGUUCCUCAAACCUGCCGUAUACAAGGUCAAGCGCACACACAAGUCCGAGCCAA